CCCUCGGCGCCAGUGCCGAGGCCCCUCCUUCCUGAGCCGCGCGCGGCGUGGGAUCCCGGCGGAGUGCGGACCAGAGGCUCGCGGUCCCCGGCGCGGCUAGGAUUCCCCAGACUGAGGGCCGGCGGGGGACGCCGUGGUCUGGCCUGCGGGCACUGGCGGGCGGCCGAAGCUGCUCGAGAUGAGGCCGGGAGCGGGGCGCGGGCGGAGCGGCUGCGACCCCCGCCACUGAGCGAGCGCCCACCGCGGCCGCCACCUGGGCACUUCCUCGAGCUCCCGAGGCCAUGCGCGCGCGGUGAGGCGCCCGCAUUCCCAAGCCGCGGACCCCAGAAUCUCAGCAGGUAAUGUGGGAUCGUUGUUGAGUGGCCCUGGACGAACGAAGGAGCCCCAAGAUGGAGGACUUUACCGCCAGGACCUAUGGCACCAGUGGCCAAGACAACAGACCUCUGUUCGGAGAGACAUCAGCCAAGGACCGAAUCAUCAAUUUAGUUGUUGGCAGCUUAACAUCCUUACUGAUUCUAGUAACACUCAUCAGUGCUUUUGUAUUCCCUCAACUACCCCCAAAACCGCUGAAUAUAUUUUUUGCUGUCUGCAUCUCUUUGAGUUGUAUUACUGUCUGCAUACUUAUCUACUGGUAUCGACAAGGAGACUUAGAACCGAAAUUUAGAAAUCUAAUUUACUAUAUUGUAUUUUCUAUCAUCAUGUUAUGUAUAUGUGCGAACCUGUACUUCCAUGAUGUGGGAAGGUGAAGCUGCCAAGGAGAAAUCCUUACCAGGACUCUUCAAAAUGUACAUUAGGACAGUGAAUCACUUUUGGAAAAAAUACGCUGAAGAAUCUUCUACAGAAGUCUGAUACAUGAUUUUCAUGUCAAUUAUAAAUCUAAAUUCCCUCUUGCAAGGGAGAUAUAUCAUAGAUCUCUUUGCUUUUUUUUAAGGAGCUGAUUUUGCACUUGAACAUUCCAACAUUCAAAUGGCACAAGUAAUUUUCACUUUUGAAAUUAAACAUUUUUUUACAAUUUAAUUGCAUGGCUCAGAAUCUUGCAUUUUAAGACAAAUACUCUUUUAUUUCUGUUAAACUGAAUAUACAAUUAUUGUUCCCUAGGCAACCAAUUUUUGCUCAUAACUACAAUUUCACGUUAACAAAACAGACGGUGAAAAGACAACUUUGAUUGUGAAGAUCUAAUUACAAUAAUAAAUAAAAUAAUUUAUACAUG